AUGCCACUCAUAAUUCUCACGGGGUACCCAACCUCUGGGAAGACCCAUCGCGCCAAACAGCUCCAGGCCUACCUCACAACGCACAUCUCCGCUCUCCCCACCACAUCGCCUUCAUCCAGCCUCCGAGUGCACCUCGUAUCGGACCACACGCUCGCCAUCUCCCGCUCCGUCUACAACCUCUCCACCAAAACGCAACACGAGCGCUCGAACAACGCCUCGGAGAAGGAUGCGCGGGCGACCAUCUACGCAGCCGUGAAGCGGGUGCUGAGCGACAGGGACAUUGUCAUCCUCGAUGGCGCAAACUACAUCAAGGGCUGGCGGUACCAGCUCUACUGCGAGGCCAAGGCCGUGCGGACGAGUCACUGCGUGGUGCACGUAGGCGCGAGUGUGGACAGUGCCAGGGCUGUGAACGAGCAGAGGCUUGCGAAAGCCAAAGCCGGAGCCGAAGCUGGAGCCGGAGCCGGAGCCGAAGUUGCGGAUGACGCAGAGGAGACGGCGCCGUACGAUCAAGAGUGCUGGGAGAACCUGGUGUACCGGUACGAAGAGCCAAACGGGUUCACGCGGUGGGACAGUCCGCUCUUCACAAUACCGUGGGAGGACGAGCAGCCGCCUUGCGAGGCCAUCUGGGAGGCCCUGGUCGGGAGUGGUGAGGGUGGGAAGAAAGUCGUCCGACCGAAUCAAGCCACGGUGCUCAAGGCACCGAGGAGCGAGGACUAUCUCUACGAGUUGGACAAGGCCACGCAGGGGAUUCUAAACAAGGUGCUGGAGUGGGCAAGAGACCAUCCCGGGGAGGGAGGUGGGGAAGUCAACGUGGGAGAGGCGGGCGAGGAUCUCGAUCUGGUUGUGGAGUUGCCGGGUACUCCAGUCGGGCUGCCGGCGUUGCAGAGGUUGAGGAGACAAUUCAUCUCGUUCAACAGGAAGGAUGCGGUACCGAGAGAGAGAAUCCGGGCCAGUUUCGUAGGGUAUUUAAAUGAUACUUUCGCGGAGGAAUGA